UCGGUGCAAUGGAAGCUGCAUCAGUUUCGCGAAAGGUUCGGCUGGAGGAGCUGAGAAGGCGAAAAGAAGCAUCUUCUGCCGAUUCCAAUGCCAAUCAGGUGAAAGGUGAUCAUCCAAGAUCGAUAUCGGAGAUUAGAUUUGACGAAGAAGAUGAAAAGAUGCAAGAUGAAGGGACGGAUGUUGAACAACUACGCAAACGUGUUGAAAAAUGGUCAACAGCAAAGCUAAUACGAAGUUUCAGAGUGCUUGAUCGAAAGCAAAGGGUGGAUUAUACAAGAUUAAAAGAUACAAUUGAAAAUAUGAUCAUUGGCAUUCAAGAAGGUGUGAUUGCAGAACAUGAAAUCAAAAGAGAACAAGAUUUGGACUUACACAACAUCGCACCAAAACGACCAAAUUGGGAUCUUAAACGUGAUUUACAAAAAAGACUUGCUAAACUUGAACGAAGAGAUAGAGAAGCAAGGUUGAUCCUAAUAAGACAACGAAUUGAAGCAGCAUCCAAAUCAGCAAAUAACAAUUCGGGAGAAGCAAUGGCUGCCGCUGCUGCUGCUGGCGCUUUAGCAAACAGUGAAGCAAUGUUGUCUACAGCUGUUGGACAAGGAUCAGAAGAAUCCGACAGUGAAUCGGAUUAGGACCAUUGCAAUUUUCAGACUUUGUAAUACUAGCUGAUAACGCAGUUUCUACUCAAUUUUUGUUAGAUCCUUACUCAGCCGAGAAGUUCCAAGGUAUCAUUUGUGACACUGGAG